UCUUCAAGCGAUAUGAAUAUUUUGGGACUUGCCCUUACAGCUAGCCUCAUUUUGAUGACUAAUGGCGCCCUUACUGACAACAUGAAAGAGGCACUCAGUAGAGAUGUGCUUUGGGUCAAAUACCGCAGCUACAUUCGCACAAAUUGGGGCAAAUCUGUCAAUUGCGAAUAUUUUUCUCUAGCGAAAUCGAAAAAACAAGAUCAGUACAUAAUAAAGAGAUCGUACAACUUGGCUGGCCAGUGGAAAAAUGAGCUUUUAACAGGAUACGUGUCAAAAGCAGGAACAGAAUGUCCAGGAUCUGUACUUGAAUUGAUGUCUUCAGUUAUACAAACACACGAGAGGUACUGCCUGGUAUAUUGGAAUUCCAAGGAGCGGUGUGCCGUUAUGAAACCGACGAGAAAUGAAUGCGAAAUGUUUGUAGGGAAUAAGGCCACAGGAACACCAAUAUCGAAUUGCACAGAAGCAUACGACAGGUUAUGUGGAAGUGGAAAAUAUGACGUUUAUGAUAACGCCUGUCUACCUUUCUGGAAGCAGCAAGAAGAGCAAGCCGCAAGGAAGCAGGGACCAUACAUGAAAGGCGAACGUUACUAUUGAUUUGUGUAAAAGUGCGAGCAAUAAAUUUCCACUU